CCAGCCCGUCCUAGCCGGCACACGCAUUGCUGCACACCACACCACACCACCACACGCACUGCAUCUCCCUCUGCCACGCCUGCUGCCCCUGCCCUGCCAUUGCCCUCUGUUGCUCUCGCCGGCGCCGUCGUUGCCAUUGUUGUCGCGUGAAGCAGCUCCCGUCGCCUCGUGCAGCCCCCAGGCCCGCCCCGAGACGCCCUCGAGCUCGUGCAGCGGCGCCGCCGCCUCCAUCGCCAGCCGGUCUCUCGUCAGCCUCGUACCACCAUGGCGCAGCCGCAGGGCUUCCACGAGCAGCCCGCCCAGGGGCCGCUCGCCGAGGGCCUGAGUGACGACUUCGCGCCGCCGCCGCCUGCCCAUCGCGUCCCCGUGGGCAUGCACGCCGACAACUCGUACCAGCCGCACCCCCAACACCGCCCGCUCGCCGACCCCAACGACUACUCGGACUACUCGACGCCCGGCCUGACGCCCGGCUCCGACAGCACGAGCGACAAGGCGCGUGCCAUGUAUUCGCAGCGCUCGUACGGCUCCAACGCGCCCCUCGCCCCUGCUGCCGCCAUGCCCGCCGGCAUGUAUGCCGGCCAUGGCUCGUACAGCUAUCCCUCGCCCCACGGCGUCCCCUACUCGGACAGCCCCUACAACCGCUACUCGUCGUCGGCCCAGAACCUGGCGCCCCAGAUGGGCCACAUCAACCCCAACGAGGUGGCCGACGACGACGACUGGGGGCUGGGCCCCGACUCGCCCCAGAACAAGCGACGCUCCCGCACCUUUGCCCCCUUUGGCGCCUCGCGCGACGCCAGCCGCAAUGCCAGCCGCAACGGAUCGCCAGGUUCGUCCAUUACCAGCGGCGUCGGAGGUGCCGGCGUCGGAGCAGCUGCAGGUGCCGGCGCCGCUGCCUAUUCUGCCUCGUCGCGAGAUGACGGAAGCGGCAAGUACAACGUCGUGCCCCUCGUCAGCGGCGAGAAGUCGGACUGGCAGAAGGAAGACCACCGCGCGAGGAAGAAGAACAUGUGGAUUGCCAUUGCCAUCAUCGUCGUCAUCCUGCUGGGUUCCAUUCUCGGCGGUGUGCUGGGCUCCCAACUAAGCAAAGGCGGCAGCGGCCACAAGAGCCAGCAAGAUGGCGGCGGCACAACCCCCGAUGACGUCCAGUCGGAUAACAAAGACGACCUGAGCAUCAACUCGGCCGAGAUCAAGAGUCUAAUGAACAACCAGAAUCUCCACAAGGUCUUCCCGGGCAUGGACUACACACCCCUCAACACCCAGUACCCAGACUGCCUCCACGUCGGGCCCUCGCAGAACAACAUCACACGCGACCUGGCUGUCAUGUCGCAGCUGACUAACACCGUUCGUGUUUACGGUACAGACUGCAACCAGACCCAGAUGCUGAUCCAUGCCAUCGAUCGCCUCGAGAUCAAAGACUCGAUGAAGAUUUGGCUCGGUGUAUGGCUCGAUAGCAAUGACACGACUACGACUCGUCAGAUCGACCAGACAUGGACAAUUCUCGACGACUACGGCUGCGACUACUUCAAGGGCAUCAUCAUCGGCAACGAAGUGCUCUACCGCAAGGAUCUUACUUCCACCCAACUGCUAACCCACGUCACCGAGUUUAGACAAAAUAUCACCGAUCACAAAUGCAAACUUCCCGUUGCCAUGGCUGAUCUAGGCGACAACUGGACUGCGGACAUGGCCACCGAGGUGGACAUUGUCAUGUCAAAUAUCCAUCCCUUCUUUUCUGGUACCAAGGCCGAGGACGCCGCUGCUUGGACGUGGAAUUUCUGGCAGGAAAAGGAUGUGGCUCUCACCGCGAACAAUGCAAGCAUCAAACAGGUUAUUGCUGAGGUCGGGUGGCCCUCAGGCGGCGGCACAAACUGCGGUGCCGCCUCAUCUUGCACGGAUGGCUCCGUCGCCGGUAUCACCGAGAUGAACCGAUUCAUGGAGGACUGGAUAUGUCCGAGUCUUAAGAAUGAGACCGAAUACUUUUGGUUCUCGGCGUUUGACGAGCCAUGGAAAGUCCGCUACAACGAGAAAGGAAAAGAGUGGGAAGACAAAUGGGGAUUGAUGGACAUUGACCGAAACCUCAAAAAGGGUCUCGUAAUCCCGGAUUGCGAUGGCCAGGCACUGCCAAACUUUGAUUGAACGACCGAGCGAACAUUUUCCGCACAUAGUGUAAUGCAUCACAGCUUGGCGUUUGCGGCGUACUGGACCAUGUUUUGAUAUUUUCGCCAAGCUUUUGGCCAUUUGGGGGGAACUACAUGUACAUUGGUGUUUUUGUUCAUCCUAGAGGCGUACGACUUUUUUGCCCGAUGGUUGUCAUGUGGUCAGGACGCUGAGGUUGUACGUUUACAUACAUACAAGACAGAGUAGGCAGGCUCGUCUGGGACUGAGGAUUGACAAAG